CAUUCCCUGGCUUGAAGAUUACCUGCAGAGAGCAAAAUAUGAAAGGGAAAAGGAGUUCGACAUCAGGUUGGCAUGCAUGAAACAUCUGGAAAAGACAGGGAAACCAGCCACUAGAAAAACAGUGGCCGGAAUUCCACAAUCCAAGAACUUUUUCGACCUGUUGCGCAUGAACUCCGAACUCUCGGAGUUCGGCGCUUUCAGAUAUUUCGAGAAGAAGAGGGAAAGAGAAUCUGUUGGAUCAGAAAAUGGCACAGGCUUCGACCCCCAGACAUCUGCAGAUUCGAUCCGUGACAUGGUUUCCAAAAACUGGAAACCAUCGAAGGGAAGGGACAAGAGAUCAAGGGGGCCCCCCAAAGACGAAGCUGGCAGCAAGAACGAACAGCGCAGACUCGCGCAGGAGAUUGGAACUGUGGCAGCACAGACGAAGAGACUGUUUGACCAGAACCAGGACUACAAAAGGGAGCAAGGCGAGGAGUUUGUCACAGUCCGCAUGAUCGCAGAGAACAAGGUGCCAAGCAUUCCCAAAUCAGCAAGCACUGAUAGGGGGACCAUCAGGGCGGUAAGACCGCUGCUUCCAGUCCGGUUCAGGAGCAAAUUCAAUGAGUGGCAGGUGGCCACAGACGCAGCGUUCACAAUCCCCACCCUCGAACACGACAGAGCCCUGGCAAAGAGCAUCAGGGACAAUGUCUCAGCGGAGACCCGGCUGGGGGUGUAUGGGGUCCCACCACGAGAGCAAACAGCCGAAGGGAAGACACUGGAGAAACCGAUCUUCACCCCCUUCGACCCCAUCCUGGUCAAGCUCAAUGAGAGGGCAAAACUCAGCGAAGGCCUGACCUGGAGGGCAUGGGACACAAUCACAAUGCUGCCGUACAACGUGCUGAACGGGAGGUUCAGCACGACCGACAUCAUUGCAGAUUCACUGGCUGACAUCAUCAGGACCCGCCUAUCGACCUCCAAGACCUCGCUGCAGGACGAGGCAACCCCCAUCGGCGUGGAUUUGGGAAGGGAAGACUCCGACAUGGAGGAUGAGGGGGAAGUAGAGAAGGAAGUGGACAACAAGAUCUCCCCUGGGGGAGACGACGCUGGGCCUCCAACGAAGUCGGAGAGCAGCGCUGGUGCAUACGGUCUGAACUCCUCAACAGCAAGCGAGGACAGCAGGGACUCCGACACCGACAGCAGCAAGACCCAGGCAGCCGUGGACUGAAUCAACUUACCACAGUAGAAAUACAACUCCACCCCACAAAUUAACGAAAACACAGCACCAAGGAC